AUGUCGAACGAGAAUCGAGAUACACCACCGCACACGGAGAGUACGGCACGACGAGUCAAGCUCGACAUGCCGUCACUGAAGGCGGAUUUCAAGUCGAGGGACGUGACGCGCUGGCUGGCAGGUUGCGAAGACGCGAAGAAGUCGGCGGAAUGGAACUAUGGCGGAACGAUCGCCCCAGUGCACCUCAUCCGUGAGGCUGGCAGCAAGAUGGAGGGCGAAGGGGCGGACUGGUACAUCAAUUGUCGUGACAAGCUGAAGGCGCUCAAGUCCUGGGCCGACUUCGCACACGAGGUCAAGGCCCGAUUCGUCAACGAGAAGACCGGGCUGGCCGCCGAACAUGCCUUUUUCAACGCACACCAGAGCGGCCGCUUCAGCGAUUUUGUUGCGACAUUGACACAAGAACGCAGCCAAGCAGGGUCCGUCGACGGUACACCGGCCAUCUCUGACGAACUUUUCAAGUGUCAACUCCUGCACCGAUGCGACGAGCUCCUGUACCUUCGCGCAACCGCCUCCCCAUCGUUUGCGCUCUCCAAGUUCACAGUCAACGGGCUUGUCGCAUACCUUCAGACAAUGUGGGAAGCCAUCACCCUUGAGCGGAUGACAACGGGGGCCCGACGUAUGAAUUGGCGAAACGACCAAGUCCGCCAAGACCAAGGCGAGGCCGCUGAAAGGCACGAGAUCACUCUCGAGCCUCACUGAUUCCGAGUCCAAACAGAAAGGAUCAAACGGUGUAAUUUGCAGGCGAAGAAAGACUACUAAAAGGACUAAGGUCAAGAGACGCGGCGGCGCCGCGCGCGAGGGCAAGCGUGAGGCCGCAGAGGUUGGCUCGAGGUCGUCGUGAGGCGUAAGCGGAGCGGCGCCUUACACCAAUCCGCCUCGAUCUUCCUCAACGGUUGGCUCUCUGCCGCUUUCGACAUCCUGUCGGGCGUUCGGCAAGAUGAUCCCCUGGCCCCGUCUCUCUUCGUUCUGGCGAUCGAAGGUUUUGCCUGUCAGAUUCGAUUGAGAGUCAAGGGCAUCGAGAUUGCGGGCCUCCAAAACAUUCGAGAACUCCUCUUUGCCGACGACGCUUGCUGCGCACUCCACAACCUCUCGGACCUCGACCACCUCAAUCGGGCGAUCGAGCUUUACGAACGGGCAAGUGCCAGCAAGCUCAGCAACGCCAAAUCUUUCCUCUAUCCCCUUGGAGUUUUUCGGGAUCGGCCGAUCGCCCCAGAUCUCGGGACCUGGCGUCUCAGCGAUUCGCAGUUUCGCUACCUUGGUAUUCAGGUCGGGGUGGAGAUCGCCGAGGAUGCGGGCUGGGAAGAUGUCAAGGCCUCGACCAUCGCUCGGAUACGCUCAAUUCCGAUGUACGAUCUCCCAUAUGCAGCCAAGUGUUCGAUCAUCAACAUCUACUGCUACACAAAGAUCCUGUACUACAGCCGAUUCCUCCCCGCCCCCAAGAGCGUUGUCAAGGAGAUCGAGGAUGCGGCCAUGCUCGUCAUUCACGGUCGAGCUUCGGAUGGUACUCAGCGCGUCCGAAGGUCUCCCGGUCGCGCCUCUGCAUCCCUCUCGAUCACGGCGGUUUUGGCUUGAUUGAUCUGCCUCGGCGUCUAGCGAUCGAUCACGCGAAGUGGGUCUUCCAGCUCCGGGCCCCGGACGGCUGCUUCACACGCCAUCUCUUCGACAUCCGCAUCCGCCUCCAGGCACCGAACGAACCAACCCCUUUCACUUUGUCCAGACCGGCCCCCAACCAGCAUCAUCGCCCUUGGAUCUGGAUCUGGUGGGCAUACUUUUGCCAUCCUCCCCCGAAGUGGGACCAUGCGGUGAGAAAGACGAGAAAACUUCUUCCUGCACGUUGGGUCCGAUACUUCGAAGCCUGGGCGUCGGUGACCACGCUCAAUCCCCCGGAACUCUCCAAGAGCCAGAACCUCGAGCAAUGGGCGACGCACGUACUCUACUUCCCAGCGGGCCACGGAAUACAACUCUCGGUAAACCCGACGCUUUUUCGAGGGCCCGAUGGCGAGGUGAUGACCCCGUCUUCGUUUGUGAACGUGUCCAAACGCCACCAAGUCUUCAUCUUCCCUCCUAUCUUCCCCAAGGGACACCAGAAGGUAUUCGAUCUGCCUGAGCAACGUUGGAACGCUUGGUGGAAGGCUUUGCGCAAGGUUCGCCGGGUUCACUCGGACGCCGAGGAUACCGGCCACCUUCUCUCCCUGGGGUCCCUCCAUCCGGGCAGCCAAGUCGCCUCCCCAACCAGCCCUCACCCCAACAAUCGAUCGGCCUCCUGUGUGAUGUGCCUCUCGGAAGCACCCGAGUGCCUGGCCCACCUCGCGGUCGGCUGCCCAUUUGCCCGGCGUCUCUGGUCUGCUCUGUCCCCGACCCCCCACCCAGUCUUUGUGGACUUUGUAUGUCCGGUCGUGUCUCGCUCGGAACGUCGCCUUGUCGAACUAUGAAUCCUCUUCUUUCACUCGAUCUGGAAGCUCUGUCGCCGUCACCGAUUCUCGUCGGAUCUUUUGGAACCGAUCACCGAAACGGACUUCGAGGGGCUUCGAGCCUCUAUUCAGAAGUCCAAGGGUCGCCUAGUGUCUCUGUAA